AUGCCGUUAUUGCACGGUUAUUUUACCACACUGCUCGCAUCUUACUGGCCAAAUCACACCCGCUGGGUUCCGAAAUGCACACAGAGAUGCGAAACAUGCAGCAAACCCACGCCUAUGAUCUCUGUGGUCUCGUUUCCCAAGUCAAGGAUCGGUACGUGGAACACUCAUAUCAUAUCAAUAGAAACUCAUAUUUCAAUUAGCGGAGCGGUCUACAUCUCGGUCCACUGUCUUGCCAUCGCAGCAGAAUGUCUAGACGCCCGUGAAGCCCAGGAUGAAGCCCUAGGCAUAUUCGACACAGUUACCAACAACGAAAUGACCUGGUGUGUCGAUCCCAUCAAAGAGAAGCUCAAGCAGACCUGGGGUUGGCAAGUUUCGCAUUCUCACACCGUUUCUCCUGAGCAAAUACACAACAACUUUUCCGACUUGGAUCCUCUGCUGUCCGACGAGUCCCAUGACCUGGCGGGAGGUGUCGUCAAUCCUCUACUGGUGGCGGCGGACUUUGCAUUGGAUAAUCACCCCUACCAGGGCUCAUAUGUUACCCCGCAUCAUGCAAUUGAUCAUUAUCACUACGGUGGUUACUUGAUGUGA